UGCCGCCCAUCCAGAGGCCGGGAGCGCCUCCCAGGAUGUGGAACGCACCUCCUUCUGCACUGCUUUGCCACGGAUCUCGCAUUUGCCACCAGCCACUUGCCAACACCGGUCUCCACCGCUGCUCUGCUUAACCAGGAUUUCUUGCUGGCCGCAGGGAUGGUUUCAUUACUCCAAGACCAAGCGAAUAUUGCGUUUUCGGAGAAUCAUCCCCAUCGAGACCGAAUGCAGAGCCACGAAGAUGUGGGUUCCCCCAUUCAGCAAGAAGGACCGAAUUUCUGCCACCAACCGCAUGAUGGGGACAAUGGGGUUGAAAGGUCCCGAUCCGAAUCCUCCAGCCCGUCCUCUUCACCCCCUGAAAACAACCUUUAUGGGGUCUUCCCGUCCGGGGCCCACCGCUAUGGCUAUGAGGACCCUCCUCGUGCUGGCUUCCUGCGGACCCCUUUCCAGGCCUUCAAGCGGCAAUUCACGGAGGAAGGGGACCCCCUUGGGGCAGCGGAAGGGGUCCCCCCUUUCAAGGCGGCCUCUAUGGAGCAGGCCUAUGAAGGACCUGAGGCUGAGAUGUACCUUGCGGGCCCCCAACAAGGAUGGGGCAAAGGGCUCCCUUACGGGCUCCCAGGACAAGGCCUGCCGCCCACUUCCAUGGAUCCGGACAUCAAACUGAAGCCCUCUUCACUGGAUGACCCGCCGGGUCUUUACUGCUACCAGCCCCAAAUGCCCCCCAUGUAUUGCCCAUCCCAUCCCUUCCACCAGUAUCCCACGGGGAGUGGGAGCUACCCAGUGACCUACAUCUCCAGUUCCCAUUAUCCUUACCAAAGAAUCGCUCCGCAAGGACCUCCGGAGCACCAUCAGCCGCUCUUCCCCAAACCCAUCUAUUCCUACAGCAUCCUCAUCUUCAUGGCGCUCAGGAACAGCAAAACCGGAAGCCUCCCGGUCAGCGAGAUCUACAACUUCAUGACCGAACACUUCCCGUACUUCAAGACAGCUCCGGAUGGCUGGAAGAACUCCGUCCGGCACAACCUCUCUUUGAACAAAUGCUUCGAGAAAGUUGAAAACAAGUCCGGGAGCUCCUCCCGGAAAGGCUGCCUCUGGGCCUUGAACCCGGCCAAAAUUGAGAAGAUGCAAGAAGAGCUGCAGAAAUGGAAGAGGAAAGACCCCAUCGCGGUGCGAAAAAGCAUGGCCAAACCAGAGGAACUGGACACAUUGAUUGGAGGCAAGUCGGAGAAGCCAAGGCCCCCCUUGAUGGCCAGCAGCAACCCCAGCGGAGUGGGGUCCCGGCAGGUGCCCCUCCUGCACCCUUCUCAACAUGGGCCUCAGAGACAGGACUCCCCCGUCCCGGCCCAAUCCCCCAAGGUCCUGGCAGGGCCCCGAUCCGUGCAAGACGUCCUUGUCCCCGACGGCGACCUCAGCAGCGACAUCGAUGCCCUCAACCCCUCCCUCACCGACUUCGAUCUACAAGGAAACCUUUGGGAGGAGCUGAAAGACGACAGCUUGACCACGGACCCUUUGGCCCUGGUUUCCGCAUCUCCGUGCUUCCCCGGACAGAUGGACGACAACGGUGCUUCUACUGACAACAACAACAAUGGAGGCAACAGCCACUGCAAUGGCCAGCAUCACGGCCUGCCAGAAAUCCAGCUCACCACCCUCUAUUCGGCCUUCAUGGAACUGGAUACGGGAUCGGCCCCUUUCCUGAACAGCCUGGGAGCCAAACCCAUUGCUCUGGUUUAAAAGCCGCUAAAAUCCUGAGCGAGAGUCCAAUUUAAAUGACAUUGCCCAUCAUCACCCCUACAACCUCUACCAAUGACGGGCUUGCAAUAAGAAAUACACAUUUCCUCCCAUGGAAUUGCCAGGCGAAAGGAAACCAGUCCCAAUUCGUGAGAUUAAUCCUCCAACGUAACUCGAUGGCUGGUAAACCCAGUUGAGAUUGUGAGAUAUUCCAAUUCAGUCCCAUACAUCUAAAAUCCAUACAUCUUCAAAUGCAAAAUGUGGGUUUGGCCCGAAAUGAACCCAUUUCCGAAAUUAGGUUGGUGGGGAAAACAGCAAAACGAUGAAAAUUAUAGGAGAAGAAAUAAAGAUGCUUUGCUUUGAAAA